AUGACUUACACCCCCCGACUCCGGCAUGCUCUCAGCAUCUAUGCCGUAAACCCCGCUACAAGUCAUCCUAUCAGACCAUGGAGAACACUUGCCCUAUAUUACGCGACUCACAGCAGCCUGGGUGGAACAUCGUCAUCAAGUUCCCCACCAACUAGAAAACAAAUAACCGUCACCAGUGAUGACGGUCGGGUACGCUGGGGCGAACUCUCAAAGCGCGAAAAGGCGGCUAGGGCAACUCAGCAGUCUGCGAACUUCCUCAUCAUUGUUAUCGGAGCUGUGAUGACAGGGACCGUAUUUACUUUGCUGUACAAGGAAGUUUUUGCGCCGGACAGCAAAACUCGAAAUUUCAACCGUGCUGCAGACCGAAUAAAGGAGGAUUCAAGGUGUAUAGAGUUACUUGGAGACAAGAAUAAGAUACGGGCUUAUGGAGAGACUUCGUGGAAUAAAUGGACUAGAAACAGGCCCAUCGCCACGACUAUUGAGAAAGACAGAAUAGGGCGCGAACAUAUGAAAAUGAACUUCAAUGUCAGUGGUCCGCGCAACAAUGGGGUUGUCAGCGUACAUUUAAUAAAGAACCCGGAAACGCAUGAAUAUGAAUACAAUAUUUUAGCCCUGGAUGUUAAAGGCCAUCAACGACUCUAUCUUGAGAAUGCUGAGGCGGCUAAAAGUGCAGCGAAGAAAACUGCCACGAAAAUCUUUGGGAUACAAUGGCGUUGA